GAAACGAUAUGUUUAGUAGAAAUAAAAUACGCGCUUCGUACGACCGAUGUGCAGACUCAGAAUAAGUCGUGAUUGAUGUGACUUUAAGCAAGUGCAGCAGUGUUUAAACGGUAUCGGGAAAUGGCCAACGUUUAUUUCUUGCAACGCGCCCUUUUCGUUUAUAACAUGUGGUGUUCGGUUUUGCACUUGUAUCUUGGUAAUAAAAAUCCACACCGGAAUUCAGGUAUGUGUUUUCAAAUGGGCUGCAUUUCACUUCUACAAAAUUAAACGGAAACGGACUUUUGUGACGUUGCGGUAAACGGAAGUGGAUUUCAGGAAUUCAGUGAUUGUACGUCAACAUCGGCGCCAUCUUGUCCCGGGCAGCCCGAGCUUUGUCAACGCAUUCACUAAAUAUACAACACAGAGACGGUGUUUUAUGAUAUCUCAAAGUCCAUCUCGUCUGGAUUAAAAAAACAAAAUAUACAUAACAAACACGGCUACAACCCUGACUUUGUGGAUGGACAGAAACAAAGAUGCCCGACUCUUGUGCAGCAUGGGGAUGUACAAACCGACGCACAGCUCAAAGCAAAUCUCAGGGAAUUACAUUUCACAGAUUUCCAAAAGAAAAGGAAUUGAGGAGACAGUGGGAAGUGGCUGCAAGAAAGAAAGGUUUUUCUGCCACAAAGUCCUCCGUCCUGUGCAGUGAGCACUUCAAACCAGAGGACAUUGACACUACGGGCCAGACAGUCAGGCUCAGAGAGGGAGCCAAACCAUCUGUCUUCAGCUUCCGGCCUCCUCACCGAAAACAGGUGUUUACCAGGACUACACAAACCUCCAAAAAAGCUCAAGAGAGCUUGAAUGCGGAGUCUGAAUGUUCAUUGAAUUUGCAGCAGACUGUACCACCAUCGCCACCGCCACCAAAUCCUGUAGUUGAUCACUGCUAUGCUCUGCCCGCUUCUCCCGCCAGUCUAAAGGCCAGACUGACUGAAGCCUUAGCUAGGGUGGAGAGUCUGGAGCGCAAGUUGAGGAAUGUGAAGGACAGAGAACGGAGGGCGAAGAACACUGUGUUCGGUCUUCUGGAGGAUCUGAGGGGCAAAAACCUUAUCAAUGAAGAACUUCAAGAGAAGUUGCACUCCUACUCAGACCUUCCAGUCCACCUGUUGUCCAAAAAGGGAAGUGACUACACGAAAGACCAGAGGGAGUUUGCCCUCACUCUGCACCUGCAUGGUCCGAAGGCUUAUAAUUACCUGAGAAAGUCUCUCCAUCUUCAACUCCCGCAUCCACACACACUGCAGAGGUGGAUGAAUUCUUUGGAUGCCACACCUGACCGUGACUCAAUGUCAGGAAGAAGUGAAGAAGAAGUAGAGGCUGUCGAUGAAAGUGAGACUUUUAAUGAUGCAAAAGUUAAUUCUGAAGACAUUCAACAUAGCUCUCUUACACAAAACAUCAUAUUCUGUAUAAAAGAAGUGAAUGGAGCUGAAGAAGUGAAUAAACCACUGUCAGAGGACAACACCGAAAUAGUUUGAAUCUGCAGUUGGUCCUAAGGCCAGCAGAGGGUAGUAAGAAGUUUUUUUUCUUUUUUUUUCUUUUUUUUUUUUUAUAAAUGCCCUGUAAAAAUGUUAAUAGACUAUUUAGUUGUAGAUACCAUUGACAUCACAAAGUUUUUUUGUACUACAGAAUUAAAGUGAAGCUUGAAUUUAAAACUACAAGCUUUUCCUUUGCUUUUAAACAUAUCUUUAGACCAAGGGUGUACAAACUUGCGUUCAAAGGAUGCGUGGGCCAUUUAAAUACUAAAGAAGACGACUCAUGUGCAUUUAAAGACAGUACAACCUUAGCGUUGUGUUAUGUUAGUAUUAAACCCUAUUAUCACACCUUAUUUUUUCCCCUUUGCUGCUAGGGUUUUAUUUUUUUUUUAUAUAACCCAAACUACAACCACUAUGUCUUUGACAAAGUCACUCCAAAGUCAACAUGUUUGGAAAAAUGACAUUGUGCAGGUGUGCCUAAUGUUCUGCUCUGUGAGCGUCUGCACAUUUGACCCAAGAAGUGCUGACCUCAAUGGUGCCUGUGUGAUAAAUUCUAAUGAAAUGCCCCAAAGCGCUCAGACGUGUUACUCACAACACAGGGCAGUCUUAAUGAGGAAUGCAGCCACAAGCUCUUUGUGGAGGAGGCGGGAGGAGGGGGAUAAAAGCUUUCUCCGUCCCACCUAAGACGAACAAAAGCUCCUGAUUAUUUUCCAGGUUUAGAUAUUUCACAGUCUGCUGCACAUUACUGUAACGGGGUGGGCGAUUGGGUAAUGUAUGUGGGAACGAUAGAAGGGCAGAGUUAAAUAAGAUGAUUCCAAGCUGAGUUUUGAAUGACAGUCAUUUUCUGUUUAUUGUUGGGUGGUAUUUUAUGAUAUACUGCUUAACCAGCAACAUUUAUAGGGGCAAUUAAUGAAUAAAUACACAAAAAACAUACAAACGCAGCAUUUCUGCUAUUUUCAAGUCAGGUGUUUUGAUUGUAGGCUGCACGGCGCCGAGUGGUUAGUGCACAGGCCACACAGCUAAGAGACCAAUACCACCCUCGGCCAUCUCUGUGUGGAGUUUGCAUGUUCUCCCCGUGCAUGCGUGGGUACUCCGGUUUCCUCCCACAUUCCAAAAACAUGCUAGGUUAAUUGGCGACCCCAAAUUGUCCAUAGGUAUGAAUUUUAGUGUGAAUGGUUGUUUGUCUAUAUGUGCCCUGUGAUUGGCUGGCGAACAGUCCAGGGUGUACCCCGCCUCUCACCCUGGGACAGCUGGGAUAGGCUCCAGCACCCCUGCGACGCUUGUGAGGAUAAGCAGUAGAAAAUGAAUGAAUGUUUUGAUUGAGCUUUUGCAUUGGAUCAAUUUGUGAAGCUUAUUGUAAAUUUUAAUCAGGUUUGUUGUUGCUGUUGCUGUACUUUAUAUAGACGGGAUAGAAGAGGUCAAGAGAUAAACUCAGCAAUUUCCUUAAGUAUCAUAUUUACAAAGUACAUGACAACCUCUGCCCCAUCUUUAUGUCCAACCAAAGGAGUACCGUCCUCCUUUAUUUGAACUUGUUGAUUCCCACAUUAAAACACAUAUGACAAUAUAACCUGUGGUCACCUUAAAUGGAUACUUUACUCUAUUGUACAAUAGCCCACGCUCAAAGCUAUUUCCUUUCUAAUAUAAUAUUGAAUUUACUGUACAGUACAAAAUAUGUAUCAUUGGUCAAAAUUCUCAAGCAUGUGCCACAGAGACCCCGCAGUCCCUGUGUAGCCGUGGAAUGAAUAAACAUUGGUCAGGAACUGCAGUUCAGCCCCAAAUAUACUGUAACAUUUAAAGGGCCAGAGCACGUGUUUGCACUGAAUUUAUCUUUUGUUUGACUUUUUACUCUGAGAGAAAGCUGUGGUUUAUAUAUUGUACAGAAAUAGAUGUCCAGAAAGAGUCUACUUACUCACAUACUGUAGGAGUGGCAAUAAGCUGAUACUUGUGUCUAGAUGUGCAGUGAGCUGGGUGGAAAGUGACCAGGGGUGGCCACAGCUGCCUAUAUAUUUAUAUGUAUAAACAGAUGAAAUCCCUCAUAUAGCUUUAGUUUAUUGGACUACAUGGUAACC